CUUGGUCCCCCGGGCUGAAGCGCCGAAUUUGUGAGCUGCCAUGGAGAAUGCUGAGUCUGACCCUUCUGAUGACACUUCCAUGGACGCGUUCCUGGAAAAGUUCCAGAGCCAGCCUUACCGCGGCGGCUUCCGCGAGGACCAGUGGGAGGAGGAAUUUGACAAGAUACCCCUAUUUAUGAAAAAGGCUCCAUCAGAAAUUGACCCCAAGGAGUUUCCUGACUUGGCUUGCCUCCAGUCGAUCAUUUUUGAUGAUGAGCGAUCUCCAGAAGAGCAAGCCAAGACCUAUAAAGAUGAGGGCAAUGACUACUUUAAAGAAAAAGACUAUAAGAAAGCUGUCGUUUCAUACAGCGAAGGGUUGAAGAAGAAGUGUGCAGACCCUGAUUUGAAUGCCGUCCUGUAUACCAACCGGGCAGCAGCACAGUACUAUCUUGGCAAUUUUCGCUCUGCCCUCAAUGACGUCCUGGCUGCCAAGAAGCUAAAGCCUGGUCACCUGAAAGCCAUCAUAAGAGGUGCCCUGUGCCAUCUUGAACUGAAACACUUUGCUGAGGCUGUGAACUGGUGUGAUGAGGGACUACAAAUUGAUGCCAAAGAGAAGAAGCUUCUAGAAAUGAGGGCAAAAGCAGACAAGCUAAAGAGAAUGGAAGAGAGGGAUCUGAGGAAAGCAAAGUUGAAGGAAAAGAAGGAACAGAGUCAGAAUGAGGCUUUGCUCCAGGCCAUCAAGGCUAGGAAUAUCCGGCUUGUCUCUGAAUCAGUUGGUGGGGAUGAAGAUUCAGCCUCCAAUGGUCCAGUUGAGAUGCUUCUGAAUGGGCUCAGCUCUGAGAACCCCUGUGGAGCCAGGCUAAGUAUAGAUGACCAAGGCAGGUUGAGCUGGCCUGUGCUGUUCCUGUACCCGGAGUAUGCGCAGUCUGACUUCAUCUCUGCUUUUCAUGAGGACACCAGGUUUAUUGACCAUCUAAUGGCGAUGUUUAGUGAAGCACCGUCCUGGGACUCAGAGCACAAGUACCACCCAGAUAGUUUGGAGGUCUACUUCGAGGAUGAGGACAAGGCAGAGCUAUACCAGGUGUUCCCUGGGAGCACCCUGCUGCAGGUGCUGCAGCACCCAAGGUUCUUCGUGAAGGCCCUUACCCCAGCAUUCCUGGUCUGUGUAGGAUCCUCUCCUUUCUGUAAGAAUUAUCUCCAGGGGAAAAGGGUGCACAGGUAACAUGGGAGCCAGACCCUGGGGUCUCUUCCCUCAACUUCCUCUGCCUGGACUCUACACACUUGAAUCAUCUGGCCUAGACUCCAGCACUCUAGCCUCUUGUUGGGGAAGAAGCUGCUGGACUCCCUGAACCUAACUAAGCCAGUCUGGCUGAGUGCUGGGCUCCAGCUGGGCCUCACCCUCCUCAGAUUCUCAGCUCCGCCCUGGCCAGUACAUCUUUGGAGUCCAUCUCUGAAGAAAGCAUUCACUGCAAUUACCUGCUGGCCUUGGUAACUCCCUGGCCCAGAGACUAUCUCAGGAUGCAGUGACAGUCUUAACCUUUGUGUUAUCGGGCAUAUACAGAAGGCACAGCUCCAAGACAGUAAGCCAGCCCUGCAUCAUACUCUAAGGCCUUAAGGCUUGAAAGAUUCGCUCGGUUGCUUCACCAGCAUGGAGGAAAGAAAGCCAAGGGAUGCUGUGGAUGCCAUGAGGUGACUGGAGCUAGGAAGCCACCUCCCGUUUCUGUGUUGACGGUGACUGGGAUCUUCAGGAUUACUCAGAGCCCUACUGGAUUCUCUGACCAGUAGAGUUGUAGUGUGAGAACUGCAACAGACCUGGUGGUAGCCACAGUGCUUUCCUCCAAUCCUCAGCUCGAGUUAUGCUCCUGCCUCCACAGAAAAAUGCUGAGUUGAGGCGUGCACCACCGUGCCUGGCCAGGAUUUCAUGCCUUUUGAUCCAGUCUUUGCCUGUCACAGGCUGGUUUUGUCUUGAGCUGUUCUUUGCAUCCUAGAGAUUAUGUGUACUCUUACCUGCAGCUGAGUGGCUUCCUGCAGUGUCCACGCCAUCUCCCAAGGGGAGUGUACUUCUCAAUGCCCAUGCAAGAGCUAUGAGAUGGGGCUUGUGCCACAUCUGACAGAAGCUUGAGGAGCCAGUGGGCAGUGGUUUGCAAGUAAGCUUGUGUUCUUUUCCCUUUAGCAUGAGGCCCCAUUUCUCAAGUAGGAACAUUCUUUACACCUGGGUGUCUGAGCAACGCUCACAGCAGCUGGCCUAAAGCCACUGUUUGUAACAUGAGUGGCAAAUGUUUCUGUAGUAAACACUGAGAUUUGGGGGGUUGUUUGUCACUAUAGGAAAAACGACUAAUACAUCAUUAAACUGAAACCAGCUGGUAGCCUUCAGAUGGGCUAA